UUGAAGUGAAUUAAUAUGAUUAAUUCAUAAGUGCAAAUGUAAAAUGAUAAAACAAAACAGUUACUUUAUGCAUAAUAUUGACGUUACAUGGAAAACAUUCGUUCAAGAAUCUUGUAAUGCUCCGACAAUAUCGACAAAAAAGGAAGAUCAUUGUUUAGGUUUUCAAAAAGAUGAAGCAAGGAAGAUAUAUGAAGAAAUUAUAAACGAAAAAUGUGAUGUGACUUCACAAGUUGAACAUAAGUGUAAUAACUCAAAAACGUGUAUUAAUCGAAGUGCAAUAUCGAAAUCGUUCCCGCCAAAUGAAAAAGCUAAGAAUAACCAAAUCAGUAAAGAAAAAGUGACAAUUAAUGCUAUAUUAAAAGCAGUCGAACAAAAAGAUUUGAAAUUUCUAUCAAAACAUGUGACAUGGGAAAACGUUAAUUUGACUGAUGAUUUUGGCUGGACUCCUCUUAUGUCAGCUGCAUAUUGUGGCCAUUUUGACAUUAUAGAAUUUUUAUUAAAUCUUGGUGCUAACAGAAAAGCUAGAGAGAAAUCUGGUCUUACUGCAGCACAAUUAGCAUUAAAAAAAAAUUAUUUGAAUAUAGUUGCAUUGCUUAAGAAAAAAUCAGAAUCGACAACUACCAAAGCUUUGUCAGAAACUAUUACGAAUGAUACAGAAACAAAUAUUGAUUGUUCAUUACAGAUGAGAUCAGAGUUUGCAAAACUUUUGAAAAAUUGCAGUGAUACUAACUAUAAAAUUAAUGAUAAUAUGGAAGAAUGUUCCAAUGGAGCUACAGGAUUUUAUUGCAAAAUUUGCAAGGUUAAUUUUCAUCAAACAACAUGGAAAAAGCACGAAACAUCUACACUUCAUAUUUUUAAUAGUAAACCAAAACUAACUAAUACUAUGUAUGGAAUAUCGAAACAAAAUAAAGGUUACCAAAUGCUUUUAAAUUAUGGGUGGGACGAACAAGGUGGUCUUGGUCCUAUAGGAAAAGGAAUAAAAUAUCCUAUUAAAACCUGUUUAAAAUAUGAUAGAAAAGGAGUAGGACAGUCCAAUGAGAAAGACUACAAAGUGACUCAUUUUAAACCAGGAGAUACUACAGCAGUUAAUGAUUUUAAAAUACCUAAACAAAAGUGUUUAAAAAAAAAAGACAGAGAAAAGUUACUUGAUAGGGAAAUUAGAAAAGAGAAAGCAUUGCGCAUUAUGAAAUUUGAUCAGCAGGCAGCUUUAAACCAUAUACAGCAGGUAGAAGAAAAAGCAGGUGAGAUUCUCACUGAUCGACAAGAAAUAAUUGCUUUGGAUAAAAGAAGGAAUGACGAUAGAGUUGGAAUGAGGGCAUUGCAAAAGGAGAAUUGUAGAAAAAGUUGGAUAACUGUUGGACCAUUAUUACUUAAGAUGCCAUCUAAAAACGCAGAAGAACUACUUAUUAAAGAUCAAAAAGAAUGUGACAUUGAAAUUAAUAAAUUAAGAAGUAAUUUAAAAAUUAAAGUAAAUGAAUUAAGAGAUUUAGAACUUAAUUCACCUGUUCCCGGUUUAAUGUUGAUACCCAUGUCUCAUAAAGAAAUGUUGGCAAUGUCACAAGUUUUGGGUCAAGAUUCUUGAAUGUAUUAUAGAUGUAAU